AAUCAAUAACCCACCAAAAACUAUCGCGAACUGCACCGUUGAAGGUCGCUUGACGAUACCUCCCCGCCAGCGCCGCCCACACUCACCCUGCCCAUCAGCAACCAUGUCCACCAAAACCUUCCGCCCCCUAGCCCUCCUCCGGCCAACAGCAAGAUUCUACUCCUCCAAACCCACCCCCUCCCCCGCCCUCACCCGCUCGCCAGCUUCAACCAAACCCCCAACAGCAACCCCCUCCCCAACCUCAAUCCUCGCCUCCCUCUUCGCCCCGGAACAACCCUCCGCCCCCUCCCCCACCGGCCACACCAACUACGGCUUCGAAGCCGCCGAGGAUGUCGUCAAGCACCAGCACCGCGCCGACAUGUACCUCCGCAAACAUCCCCGCCGCUGGCGCGAAGGCGACGUCUACGCCCCCCACGACCUGAGCCCGGCCGAGGCCAAAAAGUGGAAGGUCGUCAAGAGCCCAAAGAGGGAUGUGAUUGACAUGUUGGGGGUGAACCCGCUGGAUAAUUACAGGAACUUCUCCAUGAUCUCCGAAUUCAUGACCCCCUUGGGCAGAAUCAUGCACUCCAAGGACACCGGCCUCCGUCCCGUCAACCAGCGCAAGAUGGCCAAGGCCAUCAGGAGGGCCAUCGGUCUCGGCAUCCACCCAUCCGUCCACAGACACCCCGAAGUCAUGAAGAUGAGGGGGAGGAUCAACACUGCCAUGAAUUUCUAGUAAAAUUGCAACAUGAGGGGAACAGGAAGACGGUGUCGGUGUAUAUUAUUCAAAUGAACUGUAUCAAUACAAAUGGGCUACAUUUUGUCAUCAACCACCCCUGAGGUA